UGACCCUAACGGUGGCGCCUUUGUCCAAGUGCCAUCCUACCAGCAAUCUUAUCCGAUUCAAUCACAUCACUGCGGUGGAGGUAGCUACGACCCGAACGGCUCUACAAUAAGUCCUGUGCCUGUUGUACACCAGCAACCACCAGCUCGUCCACAACCGACCUUCUCAUCACAAGCAUCUACUGCGUGGGAUUCACAGCCGUAUCAGCACUAUCAACAGCCUCCACCACAACAAGUCGACAAUCGGCCAGGUAUCAUCACACAACUGUGUGCCUGCUUUCGGUAACUGCCAGCAUGAAUCCAGAUAAGGCUCAAGCGUCAGUAUAUGAGACUGGGGCAUAUGCCCCGACUACCUCAGAUGGACAGGCUGCAGAUCCGGAGAAACAACCAGGGCAAUCGCUCAUCAGGACCAACGGACCAGUCCGAUUGAAAGGAUACCGAUACAUCUUUACACCUUUCACAAACGCAAAAUGGGGUUUUCCGAAUUUCUAUCGCAAGCCAGGUCUCGGCUAUCAAAAGCUCGGUCAGCACAGGCAUCGAGACAUUCUGGACCGAGAGUGGAACGGCGACUACGAUGAUCGGUACAUUUCAGCAUGGGAUGGUAAGAUCUCAAAGCUCAUUGUCCAAGCCGUCGACGACAUAUAUGAGAACAACACGGGAUCUACGUACCGCCGCACGUUCAUUCGAAAUGUCUCGCCCAUCUACAUGCGCAUAGCAAACUGGCCAUUCAACCAUAUUGAUUAUGCGAAGAACAAUGGCCAGAUUCCGACUGAUGACUACCUUAUGCUUGGCCUCAAAUGGUUUGUUGCGUCGUGCCUCAUUACCGUCUUCAUCUCCAGCCCCAACUCUGCUGAGGCUACCGAACGGAACGGAGGCAAUUAUGAUUCCGUACCGUACAAGUACUUUGGAUACCCAAAGGUUGCAAAGAAUAUGCUUGAGACAGACAGACGCGAUGGCCAAUCUCCGAGCCAGGCCAAUCCCAUUGCUGAGCGCGUACUCCGGCCGCGGUAUCUUUGUUUCUUGCGUGAAGAGGGGAUACCCGCGAAGAUUGUAAAAGUUGAUGACUGGAUUGCCGACAACAUCUCAGGCGCUCACCUUUCCUACGUCUUCAUUGCCUAUACGGCGGAACAGUUCAACACGCCAGAGGGUUUCAGAGUGCUGCACCAGAUGGCUGAUGCAGCAGCACGUAGAGCCGGAGUCAUGGCAUACUGGGUUGGAUGCUCGUGUAUGCCUGACAACCAGCUCCAAGAAGAUGUUUACCGUAUCUGCGACGUGAUUCGAGGCGCCCAUUCUCUAGUCAUUGCCGUUGGAAGCCCAGCAAGCAACUCGUCCGAGAUCGACACACCCGACUUGAUGCUUCAACAAUGGGGUCGCCGCGUCUGGACGUUCCCUGAAGUUCUGCUAGCGCCGACUGGAAGAGAAAUUAGUGUAUACGUGCGUGACAGCGACUGGAAACGUCCUAUAUCGGUAGCCAAAAACCAGUUCGCCGCCCAAGUGUGGCGGGACGAUGCUCAUGUCGCUCGACAGCUCAUUGACCAUUACGAGGGCAAUUUGAUCCUCAGCCAGCUCGAGCUCGUCACGCUUGCGCUGGAGUGCCUGCACAAGAGAGACACCUCAGAAUACCUCCCAGGAGACCACAGCUAUGCACUCAUGGGUCUUCUUCGCGUACGACCGCAGAUUGACAAGACGGAUUCAGCGUUCCAAGCAUUUGCACGUCUUUCUCUUGCCAACGGUAGCGACCAGCUUUUGGAACGCCUAAUCUGCGUUUUGCCCAGCAGCCCCGACCAGCCCUGGCACUCGAUGGACGAUGCCUACAAUGCCAAGCUGUGGGAUAUUCUCCCGCAGGAUGUGGGCAUCGCGGGCGUCGGCGAAGACGACAGCAUCAUCCUCGACGGGUGCCGCGCCGCAAACGUCCGCUGGAAAUCCUUCACGCCCGUCGCCUAUGUGCGCCGCGAAGCCUGGAAACGCGUGCUCGCAAAGAUGCUCCUACGCACAGGCGGCCUCGUCUUCAUCAUCUCCCUCGUUCUCAUUGCCCUGCCGGAUCCUUCGCGCACCGUCGGUGUCAUCCUCCUCAUCUACUCGCUCUUCCUCAUGGCGCUCUCGCCAUGGCUGCUGCGUUUGUUAUACCUAGGCAAAUUCUGGGACCAGCAAUGCUGGUUCUUUGGGUUUGAAGGGUACAUGGAUCUGGAGACGAUUGAGCGCCAGAUUUUCGGUGGGCGCCUGGGCCGCAUGAAGUGGACGGCCGCAGCAAGCCCCCUCUCGCGCCACUACCGCAACGAAAAAAACGAAUGUGUUGGCAUUGAUCCCACAUCUGACCCCGCCGUCGCCGCAAUGGUGCAACGAGCAAAGUCGGCGGGCCCAGGCGACCAGCGUAUCUUUACCCUCGUAGACACAGGCAGCAUGACAGCAACCCUCUUCUCCGCCGAGCGGCCCCCCGUCUGCUUCCUCAUGGCGGGCUCCGAAGGCGGCAUGAAGCGCAUCAUCGGCUGCUCGUACGACUGGACCACCGAAACAAUGUACCGCGAAACCGUGCUGCGCAUCGGCACCGAAUUCGAGGAUAAAAUGUCCAGAGUCGGCAGAGUCAAGAUUGGCUUCAAGCGCAAACAGCAUGCGUUUGGCCCGUUGGCUCAGGUCGGUGAGCCAGUGGGUAGGGUCGUCAAGUAAGUUGAGUUGAGUUGAGUUGGGUUGGUAAUAAGGGAGAAAAAGAGUGUGUGUGUGCGCAUAUUCCUCACUCACUUAAUCACUUACUACUGUUUCUUGUUCCACUAUCUGGACACUCUGGAGGGUAAUGCAGAUACCUUUGUCUAAUGAUUACGGGAAAUGGGUCAUGAGAGAGGUUCAGGUUAUCUUGGGUUAUCUUCUACUGGUCGGUCCAGUCGAGUUGGGUUGGGUUGGGUCUGAUGAAAUCGCUCUAUACCUUUUU